CAGAAACACGCACUAGUUUCAACAUACAUCCAAUUUCCCCGAAUCCCCGUGUGAAGGCUUUUCAUUUAUGGAUAAGUUCUUCAUUUAUGGCGAAGCAUAUCAUGUGCAACCAUAACCCCAAAAUUUCUCAUUUACGUGAAAAGGCUGAUAAUCGUGUGCCAAUUUUUUUUUUUAUAUAAGAAAACGGUAUCAUUGCACCUAGUCCCUGUGAAUCAUACAUAUUUUUCUCCUCUACGCCAUUACCUGCUCGCCAUUCCAGCUGCCAUUUUGAUAGCUACAAAAAAAGACUACUCUUUUCUUGCGUAAUCUUGGCACCUUCUAUUUCGUGCUGGUAAGAAAUUGCAAACGGAUUUUACAAAUGUCUAAGGAAGCAUCACAUGGAGAAAAUCACACUAGUGUGAAGCCACCUCCUGAGCCUUCACCACUGAGAAAAGCCAGAUUCUUUCAGGCAAAUAUGAGAAUCCUGGUUACGGGUGGAGCUGGAUUCAUUGGAUCUCACUUGGUUGACAAGCUGAUGGAAAAUGAAAAGAAUGAGGUCAUUGUUGUGGACAACUAUUUUACUGGCUCAAAGGACAAUCUGAAGCAAUGGAUCGGUCAUCCACGGUUUGAGCUUAUUCGGCACGAUGUGACAGAGACAUUGUUAAUUGAAGUCGAUCAGAUCUACCAUCUUGCUUGCCCUGCUUCUCCAAUUUUUUACAAAUACAAUCCUGUGAAGACGAUAAAGACUAACGUAAUUGGGACUCUAAACAUGCUAGGGCUUGCCAAAAGAGUAGGAGCAAGGAUUUUGCUGACAUCAACAUCAGAGGUUUAUGGUGACCCUCUUGUGCAUCCUCAGGAUGAAACCUACUGGGGAAAUGUGAAUCCUAUAGGUGUUAGGAGCUGUUAUGAUGAGGGAAAAAGAGUUGCUGAGACUUUGAUGUUUGACUAUCAUAGGCAGCAUGGAAUAGAAAUAAGGAUUGCUAGAAUCUUCAAUACUUAUGGGCCCCGCAUGAAUAUCGACGAUGGCCGUGUUGUCAGCAAUUUCAUAGCUCAAGCGAUACGUGAUGAACCUCUAACAGUUCAAUUGCCUGGAACUCAGACAAGAAGCUUCUGUUAUGUAUCUGAUAUGGUUGAUGGUCUUAUUCGGCUGAUGGAAGGAGAAAAUACAGGGCCUAUUAACAUUGGAAAUCCAGGCGAGUUUACAAUGACCGAGCUUGCCGAGACUGUCAAAGAGAUGAUAAAUCCAGAUGUUAAAAUCAUAACGGUUGAGAACACACCAGACGACCCUCGUCAGAGAAAACCGGACAUUACAAAGGCAAAGGAAUUAUUGGGAUGGGAACCAAAGGUAAAGCUUAGAGAUGGAAUCCCACUUAUGGAAGAGGAUUUUCGCCAGAGGCUCGGGAUUCCAAGGAACAAUUGAAAAAAAACUCGCUAAGUGUUCUAAUUUCGAAACCCGGUCGGAUUUUUUUUAUUUAUUUUUUUUUUCUUUCAUCUUUCUUUUUCUGGUGUGCUACAAACUAUAUACAGAUUAAAAUGGGAUUUCUCAUGAUAGCCUUAUUUUCAUUAUUCUAUGUAUAAGUGGGGAUUAUGCGGCCAUUGGUAAAGAUCUAACUUUGGUUUGAAUAAAUACUUUAAUGUUAUAAAUUUAUCACCCUUUUUCAACUUUUUGUCAAAUUCAUUCCCAUUAUUGUUUCAUAGUGUUUGUGUCAUCUAUGCAUAAAUUGAUGUGAGUCUGUCUCCGGAUAGACGUGUUUAGAAUUAAAUGGUUAUGCAUAUAUCUUAUUUCAAC